UUUUGAAUUUCAAAUAUCGAACGGCUCUGUGUGGUUUUUGGAACCAAAAAAUAAACCCCCACAAAACAAAACCCUCCCCACUCUUCCCACGAAACAAAUCAAAUCACCCACGUCCCAAAAGCUUUGAGUUUGAUAAUUCCACCCGGAAGUUUCAUUAAUGCACCUGGAAGUUUCAUUAAUCCACUCGAAAGUUUCAUAAAUCCACUGCAAACCUCUGUUGUUUGCUUGUGUUUCUGCUGAAGCAAAAUAUUUUGCUCAAAUGGGUGCUUCUGGAAAAUGGGUCAAAGCGCUGAUCGGGAUGAAAAAACCCGACAAGAACGACCCGGAGAAGGUGAGUGGGAAGAGCAAGAAGUGGAAACUUUGGAGGAGUUCUUCAGGGGAUUUGGGGUCUUCGUGGAAGGGUUUCAAGGGGAAUUACAGGACGGGUUCGGAGGGGUCGGAUUCGCCGAGAGGGGCCGAUGCGUAUAAUGCCGCGGUGGCGGCGGUGGUUCGAGCUCCGCCGAAGGAUUUCAGGGUUGUGAGGCAGGAAUGGGCUGCUAUCAGAAUCCAAACUGCUUUCCGAGGGUUCUUGGCGAGAAGAGCUUUGAAGGCCUUGAGAGGAAUAGUGAGGCUGCAAGCUCUGGUUCGAGGCCGACAAGUGAGGAAGCAGGCUGCAGUGACACUGAGGUGCAUGCAAGCUCUCGUUCGAGUUCAGGCUCGUGUGAGAGCUCGUCGUGUGCGAAUGUCCAUGGAGGGACAAGCUGUGCAGAACAUGAUCAAUGAACGCCGCACCCAGGCUGAUCUAUUAAAAGAAGCUGAGGAGGGUUGGUGUGAUAGCAAGGGAACAAUAGAUGAUGUUAAAGCAAAGAUUCAAAUGAGGCAGGAAGGAGCAUUCAAGAGGGAGAGAGCAAUUGCUUAUGCUCUUGCUCAGAAGCAAUGGAAAUCAACCCCAGAUUUGAAUUCGAAUUCUCAUACCAGAUCCUCAGUGUACUCUCUCAAUAAGAACAAUGAAUUUGAAAAGAACAGUUGGGGAUGGAGUUGGUUAGAGCGUUGGAUGUCAGCGAAGCCGUGGGAGACUAGGCUGAUGGAAGAGUCACACGACGACUCUUCUGAGAUCACACCACCUCCAAAGAGUAGAGCAGACCCUUUCGUGGGCAAACAACAUUCGAAAUCUUCAGAACCAUGCUCAGUCAAAGUCAGGAAGAACAAUGUCACCACUAGGAUUUCUGCAAAGCCUCCUCACAUUGGGCAAGCAACUCGUUCGUCUUCAAGCCCCAGUUCAGAAUUAUGGUAUGAUGAGAGCUCUGCCUCAUCUUCACUGUGCACAUCCACAACGCCGGUUUCUGGGAACACCGGAUUGGCAUCGGACAGAACAGAUGACAGCUGCAACUAUAAGCCGAGUUACAUGAACCUGACUGAGUCAACUAAGGCGAAGCAGAAACCACAUAGUUAUCUGUCUCGAAGAACUCAAAGGCAAUCCAUGGAUGAGUUUCAAUUUCUCAAGAGGUCUGGGGUAUUCUCUAAUGGGGAUUCAAAAAGUAGUGCUGGUUCUGAGCUAUCUUCAGCCAACUUCUCUAGGCCGCUUUGCAUGCCAACGCGAUUGGAAAAGAACUCUGUGCAACUGAGGUGAAAGGGGCGCCUCGUUCAUACGAAGUUCAUUUUGAUUUAGAAGAUCAACAGCUAGUUGCUCCCUUCUAUUUAGAAUGUGUAAUUUAAGUGUGUGCGAGGAAUAGAAGAGUUCGGUCUUCAUUUGUAAUAUAGUUAAUUUAGAGUCGAAUAUUUGCUUAUUUUGAAUGAGAUGGAUCAUUGAACUCA